AUGAUAGUUGCUAUGGAUUUGAAUGCGUCUCCGGUACCGGAGGAGGAAGAUGAAGAUGUUUACGAAGAGAAGAUACAUGUUCAAGAGUAUAACGCACCUGAUGACCACAUAGAAAGUGGAGCUGCUAUAGCACGCCGGGAGCGCGAGGAAAGAAAGAGACGCUUGAAAAGAGAACGUCCAGAUGAUAAACCUGUGAAUCGAUCACAAUCACCUCGAUAUGAUCAACAAUUUCAUACAAAAAACCCUAAAUCAUAUGAUACAAGUAGGCUUCCUCCGGGUUGGUUAGAUUGCCCUGCAUCUGGCCAGGAGAUUUGUUGUAUGAUACCUUCUAAAGUUCCUCUUGGUGAAUCAUUCAAUGACUGCAUUUUUCCUGGUAAAAGAUACUCAUUUAAACAAGUGGUACAUCAACAGAGAGUUUUAGGGAGGAAACUUGGUCUGGUGAUUGAUUUGACAAACACCUCUCGAUACUAUCCUGUGACAGAUUUAAAAAAAGAGGGCAUCAAGCAUGUUAAGAUUCAAUGCAGGGGGCGUGGUUCUGUACCUGAUAAUUUAUCUGUGAAUCAGUUUGUCUAUGAGGUUAUACAGUUUUUGUCACGCCAAAAGCAGUCAAAGAAGUAUAUACUUGUUCACUGUACACAUGGGCAUAACCGUACCGGAUACAUGAUUAUCCACUAUUUAAUGCGUGCUAUGUCAAUGUCUGUCACACAGGCAAUUAAAAUUUUUUCUGAAGCGCGCCCUCCAGGAAUCUAUAAACCUGAUUAUAUUGAUGCAUUGUAUGCAUUUUAUCAUGAAAAAAAACCCGAGAUGGUAGUUUGUCCUCCUACUCCAGAAUGGAAAAGGUCUUCUGAACUUGAUCUAAAUGGUGAAGCAGUUCCAGACGACGACGAUGAUGGAGUACCAGGCCCUGAUUUGCAGGAGAACCAUGAGACAGGCACUGUGAUGACGAAUGACGAUGUUUUAGGAGACGAGAUACCCAGUGAUCAGCAAGAUGCAUUUCGGCAAUUCUGUUAUCAAACACUUAGAUUGGGUGUUGGGGCCAGAGGACAUACGCAGUUUCCAGGUUCACACCCAGUUUCUCUCAACAGGGAUAAUUUGCAGUUAUUACGACAGCGUUAUUAUUAUGCAACAUGGAAGGCUGAUGGUACACGGUAUAUGAUGUUAAUAACAAUGGAUGGGUGUUACUUGAUUGAUAGAAGUUUUAAUUGUCGAAGGGUCCAAAUGAGGUUUCCUUGCAGGAGUUUGAAUGAUGGUUUGGGUGAGAAGACCCAUCAUUUCACAUUACUUGAUGGCGAGAUGGUUAUCGAUACUUUGCCAGAUUCAAAUAAGCAGGAGAGAAGAUACCUUAUAUAUGAUCUUAUGGCAAUCAACCAUGUUUCAAUAAUAGAGCGACCCUUCUGUGAAAGAUGGAAGAUGCUUGAGAAAGAAGUGAUUGAACCUAGGAACACUGAACGGCAACAUAUAUACCAGAGCAAAAAUCCUUACUACAGAUAUGAUCUGGAACCAUUCAGGGUGAGGAGGAAAGAUUUUUGGUUGCUUUCUACUGUCACAAAGCUUUUAAAGGAAUUCAUCAAAAGACUCUCACAUGAGGCAGAUGGUCUCAUAUUUCAGGGUUGGGACGAUCCUUAUGUACCUCGUACUCAUGAAGGACUCUUAAAGUGGAAAUACGCUAAUUUAAAUUCAGUUGACUUUCUGUUUGAGGUCGAAGGUGAUCGGGAGCUACUUUUUGUGAAUGAGCGAGGAAAGAAGAAACUCAUGGAUGGGAAUAAGGUUGCAUUCCCAGAUGGUUCGGAUCCCUCACUUUAUUCGGGAAAGAUAAUUGAGUGUACUUGGGAUUUUGAUAACCUGGAAUGGAUAUUCUUGCGAAUUAGGACAGAUAAAUCAACUCCAAAUGAGUUUAAUACUUACAGAAAGGUGAUGCGAAGCAUAAAAGACAACAUCACAGAAGAAGACUUGUUGAAUGAAAUAAAUGAGAUAAUUCGCCUUCCCAUGUACGCGGACAGAAUCAAAACUGAUAGUAAAGCAAAUCAGCAUCCGCAUGGUAAUGCUGCAAAGCGAAGGUGA